AUGUCUGUCAAAAGGGUUUUGGUUAUUGCAGGAUCAGACAGCUCAGGCGGAGCUGGUCUUGAAGCUGAUCAAAGGGUCCUUGCGGCCCAUGGAUGCUAUGCCCUCACUGCCACAACUGGGUUGACGGCACAAAAUACACUAGGCGUGCAAGACAUCUUUGUUGUGCCCUCGGAAUUUGUGAGAAAGCAGAUCAAUGCUGGACUGGAAGACGUUGGUGCCGAUGUAGUAAAACUGGGCAUGCUCUCAUCUGCCGAGACCAUUGAUGUCAUCGCGGAAACACUACUAGCUCACAAAGUCCCUAUGGUCGUUCUGGAUCCAGUAUGCUCAAUGCCCUGUUCUCAAUCUGUCACACUAACAAGCAUCAACAGGUUAUGGUGUCCACUAGUGGCUUCCCAGUUGCUACCCGAAAAAGCAGUCAAGGAAUUACGGACAAAAUUGCUUCCUUUGACCACGAUUCUGACACCAAACAUCCCGGAGGCUCUUCUCUUGUUGAAAGAUGCUGGUACAGAGACCCCCGAGCCGAACGACUUAGAGGGAAUGGUUGAGCUCGCUAAGAAGAUUUGCUUAUUGGGUCCCAAGGCGGUUCUCCUCAAGGGAGGUCACCUUCCUUUGACGAAAGACCACAAGACAUCUCAAGACCCGAAAGAAGGAACCUUGGUCGUGGAUGUUCUCUUUGACGGAACGGCAGCCACCUUAUUCGAGACAGAAUUCUUGGUAUCCAAAAAUACCCACGGCACAGGCUGUUCACUCGCUUCAGCAAUUGCUGCAAACCUAGCUUCUGGCAAGGACAUGAUCAGAGCGGUCCGGAGUGCCGUACGAUUUGUUGAGGUCGGGAUCAAGACAAGCAUUGACCUAGGUAAAGGGAGUGGACCGAUCAAUCAUUUCCACUCCACGUACACUAUGCCCUUUGCACCCGGCCGAUUCUUUGAGUACGUCUUGGACCGCCAAGAUGUGCAGCAAGUAUGGCACCAGUUCACCCACCAUGAAUUUGUCGAAGGCAUGGGCCAGGGUACACUGCCUAUUGAACGCUUCAAGGCGUACCUUGUGCAAGAUUAUCUCUACCUGGUACAAUUUGCCCGAAGCAAUGCGCUUGCAUCAUAUAAGGCCAAGAGCAUGAGUUCGAUAGCAGCAUCAGCCCAAAUUGUCCUCCACAUCAAGCGAGAAAUGGCAUUGCACAUCGACUACUGUGCCUCCUUUGGCCUUUCCAAGCAGGAGAUGGAAGAGACACCCGAAACCAUCGCUUGCACCGCAUACAGCCGAUACAUCUUAGAUGUAGGCCAAUCGGAGGACUGGCUAGCCCUCCAGGUGGCUCUCGCGCCAUGCUUGAUCGGAUAUGGCGCCAUUGCAAAGCGGCUGUAUACGGGAGAAAAACACCCUUCGAGAGGGAACACCUACUGGAAAUGGAUCGAGAACUAUGUUGCCGACGACUACACGAAGGCUGUACAAAUAGGUUCAGCAUUGCUGGAGGAUCACAUGCAACAUGUGUCGCCUAGUCGCAUGGAAGAACUAAUUAAAAUCUUUGUUCGCGCUACGGAAUUGGAGAUUCGUUUCUGGGAUAUGGGCCUGGGAGGUAAGGCACAGUAG